AUGGCCCCCAAGCCAGCGGGCAAGGGAAAGAGGAAGAAGAAGACAAAGGAAGAAUUGGAGGAGGAACGACGCUUGGCAGAGGAAGCAGCUCGACUAGCGGAGGAAGAGCGCCUACGUGCCGAGGAGGCGGAGCGACAGCGACUCGCCGAGCUCGAGCGGCAGCGUUUGGAGCUGCUGGAGCAGUUCCUAGCUGCGGAGCGGGCCCGACUGGAUGUAGAGCUAGAUGAGCUGGGUCCGCUGUUUCGUCAGUUUGAGCACGAACGUGUUCGCAGUCGCAACGAGGCGCUGGAGGCUGCCGAGUGGGAGCGUUUCCUGCGCUGUGUGCGAGUGCCUGCUCCACGACAACGUGUGGAGGUCAAUGAGUUCCUGUUACGAAUGAAUGAGAGCUCCCGGGAGGAGGACAGCCGGAGCUUGGAGGAGGCGUUCCUGACCUGCGAGGACUGCCGUACAAUGGUCCUGGAGACGCGCCAGGCACUUUUGGAGACGCGGAACCGUGUGGUGGGUUCUGGUGGCCCCGAGGAGGAGGCCUCACGCAAGGCGCUGGAGUCCGACAUCAGGGAGCUGUACGCCAUCAUCAAUGCGCGGAUUGACCGCUUCACGGCUGCCGUACUGCACCACUGUGACGAGUACGCCAACGAGCGCAACGAAAUCCAGCUGGGCCACGUGGCGGGGACAUUCAAGUGGGGCGUGUGGGUCAACACAGCAAAGAACCCCCGACUCAAGGUACGGGUGGGGGUGGAGGGUGAGGAGGGCGGGGAAGUGCGGGUUGUGGAGAUGCCGCAGCUGGAUGUGACUCUGGAUAUCCCCAAGCAGAUCGCGCUGGCCAACGUGGCGCUGAGGGUGCAACACCGCAGCGGCCCGGCAGCGGAUGAGUUCUUCUGGCGGUGUGGCAACCAGUGGAUGGCGGUGGGAGGAGUGCUGGUGGUAGACCUGCUGGCGCUGCCGCCGGGGGCAAAAAAGGUUCGCGGCUGGACGCUGCGCCAGGUCACGGCCCUGGCCUCCAACGUACAGCGAGUGCCGUACCCCAUCCCGCCCGCCGGCGCGGAUCCGCUGACGUGGCAGAGCGAGGAGGAGCCCCCGCCCAUGGGUGUCACGGCGCCGCUACCGCCGGAUGUCGUACUAUUGCAGGAGCCGCUGCAGGUGGCUUGGUGGGACGAGCCGCACCAGAUCUGGAACGUGGAUGGAAUCAGCAACGUGUCGUACGAUCCGGCCACCAACUACGUCUCCUUCCACACGACUCACCUGGCGCCACUGGCGCUCGUCAUGUCCCGUACGCGGCUAUUGCCGUACAAGGGCUGGAAUGUGCGGCCCACGGGUGGUCGUAACGGCAGCAGCGCCGCCAUCACCUUGGACUGCGGUCUCGAGGAUCCCAUCGUGAUUGAGGUGUCCACCCGCACCGCCACUUUGAGCUCCCCUAGCUGGCCCCAGCUGCAGUCCCUGCGCGGGGUGGCCAUGCCGCCACUGGACCUCCUGCAGGCUCUCUCCGACCGCGGGUUGCACCUGCUGCCCGAGGACCGAGACGCGCCAGCAGCUGGGGUGAAAGCCAAGGAGCGGGCCACGGAGGAAGCCAUGUGCAAGGACCUGGCGCUGCUGGGGGGUGUAUUCCUGCUGGCCUCUUCACGCUGGAAUCAGACCGCGGAACCGGAUGAGGCCCUGGCCCGGCUGUCCGAGGUGGUGGACUGGGAGGAGGGCGGCCGCACGCAGCCGCAGCACGUGGCAAGAAUCUUUACUAAGGAGAAGGAGGACGGCGAGCGGAGAGUGCUGGCGGUGAUGCGACGGGGUGCCAAGGGUGUGGCAUUCUCCGACGCACUGGACAAGCGCGAGGAGUACCCCAGACUGCCCGGCGUGGAGAGCGUGGAGGCGGUCAAGGCGUGCGGGGAAACCAUCUUUGGGGAGGUCCACGCCAGCGUGCUAUCGUUGCUCCGCGGGCAGUUCGUGGUGCCGGGAGCCGCGGACAAUCCCCUGGCCCUGAGGCUGUGUGCCUCCGCGGAGGGUCUGGAGCUGGCGAGAACCACAUCACCACUCUUUACCGCCACACUCGCUCAAACCAUGCUGGCGCUGCGGCUGUUCAGCUUCAGCUGA